UCGUCAGAAUCAGAAUUGGUAUCGUAGAGCAACCGGCAAGAAAAUUAUAAACAAUUGUACAUCAUAUAGAUUUAUAAAAUGACUGCUUUUGAAGAAUUCGGAGUGCUUUCCGAGUUAGGCAAGGCGAUUGAUGAAAUGGACUGGAAUCUUCCAACAGAUGUUCAGGCUGAAGCUAUUCCGCUUAUUCUAGGCGGCGGUGAUGUGCUUAUGGCUGCUGAGACCGGUAGUGGUAAGACCGGUGCUUUCUGCCUUCCAAUUUUACAGAUAGUUUGGGAAACUUUAAAAGAUAUUCAAGAAGGAAAAACUAGCAAGGUGAUAUCUCCAGUUUCGACGGAAUGGACAAUGUCACUAUUCGAUCGCACUGAUGCAUUAGCCGUCACUCCAGAUGGUUUACGAUGCCAAUCACGGGAUCAGAAUGGAUGGCACGGGUGCAGGGCUACUAAGGGUGUUCACACGAAGGGAGCAUACUAUUAUGAAGCUACUGUAACAGAUGAAGGCUUAUGUCGUGUAGGGUGGUCUACACAAGCUGCAAGAUUAGAUUUGGGUACAGAUAGCCUUGGCUAUGGUUUUGGUGGUACAGGCAAGAAAUCAAAUGCUAAAAAUUUUGAGGACUAUGGCAAAGCUUAUGGGAAAAAUGAUGUUAUUGGUUGUUUCUUAAAUUUGAACAACGGUGACAUUUCUUACACAAUAAAUGGUGAGGAUAUGGGUGUAGCAUUUAAAUUAAAUCAGUCAAGACGUUGUGACUGUUACUUCCCAGCUAUUGUAUUAAAGAAUGCUGAGAUGAGCUUCAAUUUUGGCAGCACACCAUUUAAGUAUCCUCCAAAAGGGGAUUACAUAGGAAUAUCUCGGGCAUCAAAAGAUUGUGUAAAACAGAAUAUUGUAUCAGCUGUUGCAUCUACUGGAGCUAAACAAGUCAACAAUGCUCCCCAGGCCAUAAUAAUAGAGCCAUCAAGAGAAUUAGCAGAACAAACAUGUAACCAAAUAACAUUGUUCAAAAAAUAUCUAGACAAUCCCAAAGUAAGAGAACUACUCGUUGUUGGGGGCAUUAACGUGAAAGAUCAAAUUAAUCAGUUGAACUCUGGUGUGGAUAUUGUUGUCGGUACACCUGGCCGACUUGAGGAUCUUAUUCAAGGAGGUUAUUUAGCAUUGACUCAUUGCCGCUUCUUUGUACUGGAUGAGGCUGACGGUCUCCUCAAGGCUGGCUGCGGCGAACUCAUUGAGAGGCUUCACAGACAAAUACCAAAGAUCACGUCGGACGGUCGCCGCCUACAGAUGGUUGUUUGCUCAGCAACAUUGCACGCUUUCGAAGUCAAGAAAAUGGCGGAAAAGCUGAUGCACUUCCCGACGUGGGUGGACCUGAAGGGCGAGGACGCGGUGCCGGAGACCGUGCACCACGUCGUCGUCAACGUCGACCCACAGCGCGACCGCGGCUGGGAGACGCAGCGCAGUCUCGUUGAGCGUGUUUCGCACCCGUCGUCAGCCCAAGUAGAGGCUUUAGUAUCCUUUUUAGAGGAUAGACCUAGCCUGGCAAAGGGACUUAUGAAAAACCGUAACGCCAAAGCCAGAGCUAUUAAAGAAUGGGAGAAAAUUUCCGCCAUAUUAAAUUGCUCUUGUGGGGGAACAAUUAAAUCUAGACAAAAAUGGAUGAAGUAUUGGUCAGAUAAAAAAAACGCCGUUAAAAAGAAAUGUGCUGCACGUAAUGCUGCCAGACUCGGGACUGGUGAGGGAGUGGAAGAAGUUCCUGAGUUAUCAGAAAUUGAAGAGAGGAUAUUGGCACUAAUGCGUGGAGGUGGACUUGGAGGUGGCGAUGAACAUCUGCAGUUGAAAGUUUUUGACGAUAAUGUGAAUGACAUUGAUGUUGAGUCAAAAAUUACGAUAAACCGGUCACCACUGCUAAAUCAGCCCUCUUCAGAACUUACAAGGCAAGACUAUGCAACAGCAGCAAGUCAUAGCGACAAUGCCAGUGCAAUUUCGACUCCUAAGCGUCGCACAUUUCGGACUGUCAAAAGAUCACCACCAUCAAGACGCCCUCAGUAUAGCAGCAUAGCUGAUAAAUUAUUGAAGUUGGAAGACCAGCGGCUAGCUCAUGAAGGUAGAGUUGUAAAGGUGAUGGAAGAGAUGGCCCGAACUCAAAACGUGCUGGCAGAGGGAGUCAAGGCUCAAGCAGAAGCACAAAAGGCUCUGGGAGAGGGACUCAAGGUUCUGGGAGAGGGCUUGAAGUCUCUGGCGGAAUCAAUGAAAAUAUAUAAUUAAAUAAUUUGCUUAUUUUGUAAAAUUUGAAAAAAAAGACUGGCAAAUGGUGAUGGUAAGUAUUUACCAUCGUCCAUAAAAAUUAGCAAUGUAUUGUUUGUUAAAUCUACGAUGACAUCCCACUCUUUUUCGCCAUCGUUUCAGUGCGAUUGUACAAUUUAAGGAGUGGGAAAUCUAUUACUAUGUGACCACACGAUCUUAAGUUUAA